CAUCAUCACCGAACAGUUUUUGUUGUUGUUGGUGAAAAAUUCUCUAAAUUAAAAAAUAAAAAUGCCUCUUUUCGACACAGCAUUACAGGAAAAGGCGAUCGUUUUGGAGAUAGGAAAUGCUUACACAAAAAUUGGUUUCGCUGCAGAAUCCGCCCCAAGAUUCAUCAUUCCAACAAGAGUUGAAAACUUGAGCGAUGGAAGUACGAAAGAUUUAUUCGAAUAUCAGGAUUCAAAAGAGUUUUAUGAGCAAGUUAUCACUUUCAUUCAGAAACUCUUUUUCAAAUACAUUCUUGUGAAUCCGAAAGAGAAGAAAGUUGUGAUGGUAGAAUCGAUUCUCUGUCCCACAAUUGUUCGUGAAACAUUUGCAAAAGCUCUUUAUUGUCAUUUCGAAGUCAACAGUAUUUUUUUCGUUCCCUUGCAUUUGGCUGCUUUGUCGACGUUGGCAAUUGACACAGCACUCGUCGUAGAUAUUGGUUACAAAGAAUCUGUAGUAAUUCCUGUUUUUAGCGGCGUUCAAGUUUUAAACGCUUGGCAAGCACAAGCAUUGGGAGCAGAAGCUGUUCACGAUGAAAUAAAAGGACAAUUGAUAUUAAAUGGUAUUAAAGAGGAACAUUUGACUCCAAAAGUGAUCGAAGAUGUAAAAGUUCGUUUAUGUUUUGUCACAAAUUUACAACGUUCUCGCAAAUAUCGUGAAAAAAGCCCUCCAACUGCAUGCCCAGAUGUAGAUUAUCCAAUAAAAGGAGAAGAAAUCAUCAAAAUUCCGGGAGUUUUGAGAGAAACAGCAUUUGAAGUUAUCUUUCCUGAAGACGAAGAUCAUCUUGGAUUACCUUACAUCAUUCUCGAUUCGAUUCUCAAAUGCCCAAUUGAUAUGCGACGCGAGUUGGCACAAAAUAUUUUCAUUAUUGGAGGAAGUAGCAUGAUAAUGGGAUUAGCAGAUCGUUUGAAACACGAAUUACUUGAACUCGUGCAAUCCGACCUCUAUAAGGAUAAAUUGCCAAUCAAAGAGUUCAAAUUUCACAAUGGAAUUUCGCAGCCAAAUUUCACGGGAUGGUUAGGCGGAGCAAUUUACGGAAACACAGAUUUGCUCAAUCAAAACGGGUUGUCGAAAGAAACGUACUUGAAGACAAGAAAAUUGCCUGAUUGGACAAACUUUUAUGAAGAAGAAGCACGUGCAGCGUAA